AACCAGUCCGUCAAAUAUCUCCAGUUCGGGGCUUCGGAAUGGUGCUUGUAAGAACCAAAGGCGCUAUUGUAAUUGGGCUCUCCAUAGCCGUACUUUCCUACUUCCUCUGCAACAAUUCUCUAUCAAAGGCUUUAUCGAGGAAGACCCACAAGCUCCUUUCACCUAAAAAACCAAGGAAAGGACUCAUUGGGGCCAUUGGCAACACCCCUUUGAUCAGAAUUAACAGCCUCUCUGAAGCAACUGGUUGCGAGAUACUUGGAAAGGCCGAGUUUUUGAAUCCAGGAGGGUGUGUUAAAGAUAGGGUCGCUGUCAAAAUUAUUGAAGAGGCUUUGGAAUCUGGACUUCUACAUGAAGGUGGAGUAGUUACAGAGGGGAGUGCUGGAAGUACAGCUAUUAGUCUUGCAACAGUGGCUCCUGCUUUUGGAUGCAAAUGCCACGUGGUUAUCCCAGAUGAUGUUGCUAUAGAGAAAUCUCAAAUUCUUGAAGCCCUUGGAGCUACCGUUGAAAGAGUUAGGCCAGUGUCAAUUACACACAGAGACCACUAUGUCAAUAUUGCAAGGAGAAGGGCAUUGGAAGCGAAAGACGCUGCAUUAAUGCACAGAAACGCAAAGCAUAGUGAUGCCAAGGAUGUAGAGCAAACUAGUGGUUAUUCAUCUGAAGGAGAAAAACAAAGUACAGUAUUCUCAAGUGACUGCAAAGGUGGUUUCUUUGCAGAUCAAUUUGAAAAUUUGGCGAAUUUCAGGGCACACUAUGUGGGCACUGGACCUGAGAUUUGGGAACAAACUGGUGGCAAGUUGCAUGCUUUUGUUGCAGCUGCAGGCACCGGAGGCACCUUGGCUGGUGUUUCAAAGUUUCUGAAGGAAAAGAAUUCAAACAUCAAGUGCUUUCUUAUUGAUCCCCCUGGUUCUGGUCUGUUCAACAAGGUAACACGGGGGGUGAUGUACACAAGAGAGGAGGCUGAAGGACGGAGGUUGAAAAAUCCAUUUGAUACUAUAACCGAAGGAAUUGGUAUUAAUAGAUUAACAGAGAACUUUAUAAUGGCAGAACUUGAUGGGGCUUUUCGAGGCACUGAUAUGGAGGCUGUCGAAAUGUCUAGGAUUCUUUUGAAGAAUGACGGGCUCUUUGUCGGGAGUUCUUCAGCAAUGAACUGUGUUGGAGCCGUCAGAGUGGCACAAACAGUUGGCCCUGGUCACACCAUUGUAACAAUUCUUUGUGACAAUGGGAUGAGGCAUCUGAGUAAAUUUUACAACGCUCAGUACCUGUCGCAGCAUGGCUUGACACCCACAGCAACCGGAUUAGAAUUCCUUGGUCUCGGCUAAAAUUUGGUCCCAUUAGGAGGUUCUGAUAUGUAAUGCCGUCAGAACUUUCUCAUUUUGCAAUUUUUCAGGCUUCUAGAUGUUGCUACAUUGCCUGCCUGGCAUCAAUUCAGAUUUGAGGUUAGUAUAUGCUAGACGGCUUUUCAAUUCACAUGAGUGAUCAUGGUGAUAUCAACACAGCAGAAUUAUAUGCAUCCCAUUUGGUAGGAGCAGGGCAUUUGUGUUCAUAUCAAGUACAAUUUUGUAGGGAGAGAUUGUUGUCGGUACUUUGUCAUAAUCAGAAAUUUGAGUUUCUGAAAGUCUGAAUUCAUUUGUCUUUGAUGGUUGAGUCAUGGGUUUUGUAAUGCAUUUUUGGGAUGAAUUUCGACUUGGAAUAUGAGUACUAACAGAAGCUUAAUCCUG